GACAACGGCGAAUCUGUUUCUUCGAUCGAAAAAAACCUAACAUCAAUGCCACCACUACCGAUCGAUCUGGUUGCAGAAAUUCUAUGCAGACUUCCCAUUAAGUUACUCUUGCAACUUCGGUGUCUUUCCAAGUCCUUCAAUUCUCUAAUCACCGAUCCCAAAUUCGCCAAGAAGCACCUUCGCUUGUCAACAACGCUCCACCACCUAAUCCUAGAAUCUAGGGAUAACUUAGGUGAAUUACAUCUCAUAGAUUCCCCAAUCUCCUCUUUUUCAAAUUUUAGGGUUACCCUUACAAAACUCAGUCACCCAUUUAUUCUCAACACCUUUAGUUGGCGUAUGUGCACAUGCGAUGGCAUCCUGUGUUUCACCCCCUCCACCUCUAAGGAUAAUUUUGUUGUUUUGUGGAACCCUUCCAUUAGAAAAUUCAAGAGAGUGCCUCCUUUGGGAUAUCAAUGUCGAUUAUUUUCUAAUCACUAUAGCUUUGGGUAUGAUCCUUUCAUUGAUAAUUAUAAGAUCAUAGUUGUUUACUUCUCCCGUGAAAGCGAAAAAAAUGAAAUUAGUGUUCAUACUUUGGGUACUGAAUAUUGGAGAAGGAUACAAGACUUUCCAUUUUCCGGACACAUUGGCGGACCAGGAAUAUUUGUGAAGGACACUGUUAAUUGGUUGGCAUUUGAGAAUGUUGAUAAUAAUGGUUUGUUUGCAAUUGUUUCUCUUGAUUUGGAGACGGAAUCAUAUGAAAUAAUUUCGAUUCUUGAUGUGAAUAGUGACAAGUAUUGGAGUUUGGAGGUUUUGAGGGAUUGCUUGUGCAUCUAUGUAACUAGUGAUCUGGAUUUGGAUGUUUGGAUUAUGAAGGAAUAUGGAGUUAAAGAGUCUUGGACUAAAUUAUACAGCGUUUCUUUUGUGGGAGGUCAAAUGUACGAUAUCAGGACUUUAUAUAUUUUUGAGCAUGACCAAAUAUUAGUAGAACUCCAUGAUUGGGAAAGGACACAACAUCUAAUUGUUUACGAUUCCAAAAUUGAUACUUUCAAUAUUCAAGAUAUUGAAAAUGGGAGUUUGUUGAAGAACCCAAAAGUCUACAUUGAGAGUUUAAUAUCACCUUCAGCAUGAGACUCAGCUGCAACAUAGAUAUGGUCUACUGAUUUUCUGGGCUGACUUACUGGUAUUCUUGAUUGUUGUUGUUAUUGUCGUUGUUGUUCUGAGGGCAAAGCUAGCAAAUACAUGAAGAAUAGCUUGCUCUACAAGAGGAUUGUGAGGUAGACAUAAAUGUAGUUGGAUAUUGAUCUUGAUUCUCAUGAGGCAGCAGGCUCCUAGCAUGGAGAAGGAAUCAGAUGGUGAAUAGAAUGUGGAAGGUUGAUUUUGGACUAUAUUUUUAUUUUGCUUUAUGCAAGACCCUUGUGUUUAUAGGAAAAGUAUUACUUAUAAGUUACGAGUUACGUUUGUUUUGAGGGUUUAAACUCUGAAUAUCACCUUCUUAAAACUGAAUAGGUGUUACUUAGCUCAUCAACCGAGCUACCUACAUGCGACUUAUUCAAUAUUUUGAUGAAAAA